GGUAUAGUAACUUUUUACUAAAGUGAAAAUAUAUUACAAAAAUAUUUUUAACUAUAUUUAUUAUAAUUCAGAUAUUUCACCAGCUGGUAAUAUAUAUCAUUUGUAUUAAAAAGUAUCAAUUCAGGAAUAAAAUUCAUAUUAAUGGCAAAAUAGGUUCACAUGAGCUAUUUAAGUAUGUAUGAUUGUUUAAAGUAAUAAAAAGAUUAUUUUUCAAAAAAGACAAGAAUAAAAUUAUAACAUUUAAAGAUUAUAGCGAAGGAUCUGCUGACUAAUCAAAGUUUAAAUCAAGCAUAAAAUGCCAGCAGUAGGAAUUGAUUUAGGAACGACGUAUUCUUGUGUCGGAGUAUGGCAACACGGAAAAGUAGAAAUAAUAGCAAAUGAUCAAGGUAACAGAACCACCCCUAGCUAUGUGGCAUUUACGGAAACAGAAAGGCUUAUCGGGGACGCUGCAAAAAACCAAGUAGCUAUGAACCCACAAAAUACGGUAUUUGAUGCCAAAAGGUUGAUUGGUCGUAAGUUUGAAGACCCUAAAAUUCAAGAAGACAUAAGACACUGGCCGUUCAAAGUUGUAAAUGAUAAUUCCAAACCGAAAAUAAGAGUACAAUACAAAGGAGAGUCGAAGAAAUUCGCACCAGAAGAAGUAAGCUCUAUGGUUUUGACCAAAAUGAAAGAAAUUGCAGAAGCAUAUUUGGGUAAUAAAGUUCGUGAUGCAGUUAUUACAGUUCCUGCAUAUUUUAAUGAUUCACAAAGGCAAGCUACAAAAGACGCAGGUGCAAUUGCAGGUUUGAAUGUUCUCAGAAUCAUAAAUGAACCGACUGCUGCUGCACUCGCAUACGGCUUGGACAAAAACCUUAGGGGUGAGAAAAAUGUUUUGAUAUUCGAUUUAGGAGGAGGUACAUUUGAUGUUUCAGUACUGACGAUAGAUGAAGGUUCAUUAUUUGAAGUCAAAUCAACAGCAGGAGACACCCAUUUAGGUGGAGAAGACUUUGAUAACAGAUUAGUCAAUCAUCUCACGGAAGAAUUUAAGAGAAAAUAUAAAAAAGAUAUGAAGUCCAAUGCAAGAGCUUUAAGGAGGCUUCGCACUGCAGCGGAGCGUGCAAAGCGAACACUUUCAUCAAGUACUGAAGCUAGCAUAGAAAUAGAUGCAUUGUUCGAUGGUAUAGAUUUCUACACCAAAGUGACCAGAGCCAGAUUUGAAGAGCUUAAUGCAGACCUAUUCAGAUCUACACUACAACCAGUCGAAAAAGCAUUGAACGAUGCUAAGCUGGACAAAAGUUCGAUCAACGAUGUUGUUCUGGUUGGUGGAUCUACCAGAAUACCAAAGAUUCAAAGUCUAUUACAAAACUUUUUCAAUGGUAAAUCACUUAAUAUGUCAAUCAAUCCCGAUGAAGCAGUGGCAUACGGAGCAGCAGUUCAAGCGGCAAUUUUAAGUGGGGAUGAAAGUUCACAGAUCCAAGAUGUUCUUUUAGUCGAUGUAGCACCUCUUUCAUUAGGUAUUGAAACUGCUGGAGGUGUGAUGACUAAAAUAGUUGAAAGAAACAACAGAAUACCCUGUAAGCAAACACAAACAUUCACUACAUAUUCAGACAAUCAGCCGGCAGUGACAGUACAAGUCUUUGAGGGUGAGAGAGCUAUGACAAAAGACAAUAAUCUUUUAGGAACUUUCGAUUUGACUGGUAUACCUCCAGCACCAAGAGGAGUUCCUCAAAUCGAAGUAACAUUCGACAUGGAUGCUAAUGGUAUACUUAAUGUUACAGCAAAAGAGAUAAGUACUGGCAAGUCGAAGAACAUAGUUAUAAGAAACGAUAAAGGCAGGCUUUCAAAAGAAGAAAUAGAUAAAAUGGUAAGUGAUGCUGAAAAGUAUAAGGCUGAAGAUGACAGGCAAAGGGAAAAAGUAGCGGCAAGGAAUCAGCUGGAAGGGUAUCUUUAUGGAGUCAAACAGGCCGUUGACGAAUGUGGUAAUAAACUUAAUGAUUCAGAAAAGAAAAAAUUACAAACCAUUUGUGAUAAUGGUAUUAAGUGGCUCGAUCAGAAUUCAUUUGCUGAAAAAGAUGAAUAUGAGUAUAAAUUUAAAGAGGUUCAAAAAGAAUGUGCGCCAUUGAUGACCAAACUACACGGUGGCGGUCCAGGAUUUGCUGGAUGUGGGCAGCAGAGUGGCGCCAACUAUCAAUCUGGUGGUCCAACGGUAGAAGAAGUAGACUAAAAUAUCAAUUGUCAUUUUUGAAAUACAAAAAAAAAAUAAAAUAAAUGAUCUAAAUUAAAAAAAAAAAGAUUUAUUUUCAUUCAUUAUUCUGAGUAAUAGCUAAGCCUGCCUUAGUCUCUGUUAAAGAAUAUUACCAAUACCUGCACAAUACUGAGGCAUGAGCACCAUUUAUAAGAUAAUUGGGAUUUUUUUUUCCAAAAGAGUUAAAUUUCGUUAAGUAAAUGAAUAAAAUAAAAUUUCCUUUUUUUUAUAAUUCUUUUUUUCUGGGGGAUGUAGUUAUUUUUGAUAAUCUUCAAAAUGAAGGUCCAAUCAUUGGAUUGGAUGUAUAAAUAAGAAAACAUGGUGUACCAACAAAAAAGCAUCUUUGAGAAAAGAAAAGUAAAAUAAAAUUGUAAUGCUCAAUUGCAUUGAGUAGCUGACAUAGCACACUGAUCCAUCUGAAUGACAAUAUCUAGUAUAAUACAGAAAGAAAGUUUAUGGGACUGUCAUCAUAAAUACCAAGUGCUUUGCACAUAAAAAUGUCAUCUGUUAUUGUUUUCUCCCUCUCCUUAUUUUAAUGCUCCUCAAUUCUGUCCUCAGGAUACAUAAAAUCAGAAUUAAUAGAGAUGGUGCAGGAUUUCCAGUGAGUCCAAAAUAACGGAUUCUGUCAUACUCUAUAUUUCCUUCCUUUCAACAACCAGCUUUUCCAAAAACUAGAAGUCGAAAGAGGAAAAUAUUUCUCUCACCAAUUUCCUCUAUAUUUUUCCUUUAGUUACGGAAUUCAUUUUUAAUAUUUUUUCUCUUUCUUUAUUUGUAUUUUGAGACCUUGAUACUCAUUGUUCGUUUCAUAUCUAAUUAUAGGAUCAACUAUCAGAGCCUCCUUUUAUUUUGCACUAAAGGCUAAGAUAUCUAUGAAUCUUGCUGAGCCUAUUUAUCCCAGGAAUUUGGAUAUUCGGUAUUUUAUAUUAUUGUGCCAAAAGGGGACUAAAUUAUAUGAAGAUAGGUUUCAGUAAUUAUUUAUUUACUUUUUAUUCUUCCUUAUUCUAUUUUUUAAAUUUUAAGUUGCAAUUUUUCUCUAGUCCUUAGUAAUAAUAAGUGUUAAUAUUUGUAAACCUAUAUUUUGUUAUUCAUUCAAUAUCGACAUUCUUCCACUCUUUUUGGUCUAGUUCGAAGUAAUAAAUUUAUAUUUAUUCAAUAUUUAACUGACAAGUACUAAUAUAGCAAUACUUUUUUUUGUAUUAUGGACAUAUACACUACCUGUCAAAAGCUUAGAAUCACCCUUAGAUUUUGUAAUAAAUAAUAUAUAUCAAAAUUUUUAUGUCUCAAAUAAUAAAAAAUCAGCUUUAUUUUGAUAAAUAUAAAUAAAAUUAUUAUAUAACAACCAUAAUUUUAUUUUCAAAUCAUGCAUAUUGUCCAAUUUCUGAUUUUUCGAAAUAUCCCCCAUUUGCCUUAACCAGAGCAUUGCAUAUUUUUGGCAUUCUUUCUAUUAAUUUUUGCAAUGUUCUAGUUGAGAAAUUUUGUUUUUAUUGGUACAUUUGAUCUUCCGAGCGUAUCUCUCGAGCUCAUCCCACAACAGUUCAGUGGAGUUGAGAUCACCAUGUAUUUAGGUUACAAGAAAACUUUAACGUUUUUCAGUUCAGUUUUAACUGAUGUCAGGAUAAAAGCUGUAAUUAUGGCCAAUAUAAAAAAACUGUUCUCGUCAGAACAUAUUAAAAUUUUGAUGUCACAUGGAAGGAAAUUUCAUGUAGUAACAAGGAUAGGGUACUACCAAUCAACAGUAGUAAUAGUUUUGAAAAAAAAGCACCAUGGAGCGGAAGAAAGGAACUGGGAUGAGAAAAAAAAACAAACGAACAAUUUGACCACUUAAUGCAAUAUGUAAUGGCAAAGAAAUAUCUGGAGAUCUUGUAGAUAGCAAUGGUAAAUAAAAUAAAAUAUUUACGAGGCGAUACAAUUUCCAUGACCAUGACUGUAUAUCAAAUUGAAUAUUAAAAAAAUCUAACAAUCUUAGAAGUUUUCUUUAUUUCAAAAUUUAUCAUUAUUUUUUUGCCACCCUGUAUUAAAGGAGAUAUUUUACAGAAAAUCCUAGAAUAUAAUUAACUGAAACUCAGUUGUAUUUAAUCACAGCUAAAAGAAAAUUUUAAAUGGAUGCCGUAAGACCCAUGCAAGUAUAACUAAGACAUAACACAGAAGGUAAUAAUAAAUAAAUACGAAACAAUGUUAAUUCUUGACUAGACGUAAAACAUGCUAAGGGUUAUUCAAAAUAAUUUGCAUCCAAAACAGCAAUUGAUUAAGGCUGAGAUCAGAAGGCUGUGGAAUCAUGCACCACAUUUUUUUCAUAAUAUAAAAAACCAAAGAAACAGAUUAAAAUCAAUAUCCAGAACAUGACCAGAAUAAAUUAUUUUACUCCAGAAAACAAUAUUUUAAUAUAAUAAUUUAUGAAUUAUAACUUGUGAAAAAUUAAAUAUGCAAUCAAAAUUUUUUAAAAUGUUUAAUAUUAAAAUUUAAAAUAAUUUUAAUUACGAUAAUAUUAUACCCGUUUAUAACAAGUAUGUUAACGUAACAUAUAAGUUUAUUUUUAAAACACUGGAUUAUUGGACGGAGUUUUCGUAAAAUUUUAAAAUACAUAAAAAUAUAUUUUACAAUACAAGGCCUUCAUAGUAUACACAUGCAUUGUUAAACAAUAUACAACAGGCUGUUUUACAAUGUUUUAAGUGUUAUAUAAUUACGUCAAGUUCCUAUGCUCAGCUCUGAGCUCAUCAAAAGCAUAGCCUUCAUCCACCAUGUCAUCGAUGUGCUUAGCACUGAGUUUAGGAAUUUGCCCUUACUUAAUGCUGAAUAUAAUACUACUUGAGAAAAUAGAUUACUUCAAAAGAAAAGCAUACGGAUAAUAUUUAGUAUCUUUGGCAACCGAUGUUUUAUUUAAAUAUUAAUAAUAUAAUUCAUUCAGUAAGUUUGAACUGAAGAAGGAAUGGUAAAAACUGAUCAAAUGUAAACUCCUAAGGGUACGACCAAGUUCAUGUGAGCUCCACUAGGAUUAGGUGUUGUUCACAAUCGCUUCAGUCACAUUUGUUCAUGUAAUGCUGAAAACAGUCGAAUCUUGCUGCCUGUUCUUGCCCUCACAACCCAUUCCCUGUUCAUGCAUGUUUGAAAAAUCCAUGUAUCCCUACCAUGAAAUUUUCUAAGUCGACCCACUUUCUUAUCAAUAAAUAAUGCCAUUAUAUCAUACUUUACUUGAUUACGUUAUCAUGAUUAGGUUCACGUUUCUGUUAACAACACAAUUCAUUCUAAACUUUUUAAGUUUGACUUUAAGAUGAAUGAGUGCAUCAAGGGUUAAGAUAAAAAUCACUGACUUAUAUUUUAUUUGUCAUUUUAAUCUACUAUUAAAAUAUAAAAUACUAUUGUUUAUAUUGAAUGAAUUAGCUUGGUAAUUAUUGUUAUUUUGCUUAAUAAUCAUAAAAUAGGGGCAGAGAAUGUAGUCAUUCAUAAAAAACAAAAAUUGUGUUUAUUUGGAUCUCUAUUUCCAAGGAAGGAAUAAGCAUUUUUGAGAUUACAGAAGACGAAGAUUAUCUAAAAAUGCCAUAGUAACGAAUAAUGGAUAUUAUCAUUAAUAAAAAAAAUAUAUAUAUAUCAAGAAACAGCAUUCAGUGAUUUAAUAAUUAAAGUAUUUUAUCUAUUACCGUGCCCCCCUCCCCCCAGAGCUGUAUAAUACAUGCAUAAGCUCGAUGGACACAUGAUGGAACAUAAAUUUUAUUUCAUUGAAUGAAUUAGCUUGGUAAUUAGUUAACUAUUAGUCAGUUAACACUAUAAAACUACAUGGUUAAGAUAUAAAACUAUAUAAAUCGUGGAAAAGUUAUUUGUCGCUAGAUUAUGAGAUCAAUUGCCUCCAUACUUUUUCGGAAAAACCUGGAUACUUCUGAUAUUCCAUGAACAAGUGACUGAAGUAAAUGAUUAUGAACCAUGCUUAAUCCGUGCGAAGCUCACGUGAGCCAGUAACUUACCAAGAAAUAAGCAACAAUGAUAGUUUAAUUUUUAAAAAAGUUAUUAAAGGUUUAAAGUCAAUCCCCAAUUAAUUAUUGGAUUUACUUAUACAAUUAGAAUUAAGAAUAAAUUCUCAGUAGCUACUAUAUCACCACAUUAAGCUCACAUAACACAUAUAAAUAACUGAUUAUCUUGUUACCACCCAGGAGUAGUGUUGGCCAAUCGCCUCAUUCUUCUUGUAUUUCUGUCCUGAUCUCUUAUCUUCUUCUCCAUCUCUGCGUCAGUCAAGGUUUCCAGGAACGGGCACCACUGAUCUGCUUCUGACUGCGGUCGGAAAGGCACUUCAACAGUUUGAAGAGGAGAUUCACUAAAAGCGUACGUUUUCUGAUGCCAACUAAGCUGUCCUCGAAUAGAAUAAGCAAUAGCUGUAACAAAUUCGCCUCCUAAUCCAAGUUCCGCACACAAUUUCAUAGCAAACUGUUCAGGACUAUUCUCUUUUUCACUCAUGUCCCAUUCGAUUUGAUCAACGAGAGAGGUAUUACCAACAUGUAUAUUCAGUUUAACUAUAACUCUUUGAUCAGUCUGAUCUUCUAAAAUAUUGUCAGUAGGAAAACCUUCAAUUUGCUGACGAAUAGCUUGGGCUAUAGCAGGGACGAAACUGAGAGGAUUCAAAUCUAGGUCAUCACAAAGUAUUUCUGCAAACUGCUCUGGUGUUAUCAAACUUUCAUUUUUAUUCCAAGUAAAUGUAUCACGAAGUUUCUGUCCCUCUAUUUCCAUAUCAAGACGUAUUGGUACAAGUACUUCCAUUUGUGAAGCAUUUUCCAUUAUAGAUGAUGGAUCAGUGUCAUCAAAGCAAAGAGGAAAGCUUCUAACUUUUUUACUAACAACUCUAUUUCUGUUAAUUGGUGUUGCCUGUGGUACAGCAUCUAAAUGUGAACUAUUUGGAAGCGAAGGUACCCAAGGCAUAGCUUUUUUGGGUUUAGAAGAACUCGUAAUAGGAGUUUCAGAAGAAUGAACUGAAACAGCUUUGUAUUUUUCAUCAUUUCCCUCAAUGAUAUCUUCGACUUCUGAAGCUCUUAGUAAAGAUAUACUGGAGGCUAAACAAUGAGAGCUUAGUCCAAGUUCUAUAAGCCUUUUCCUUUCUUCAUUUCCAAGAGUUCUUCGGUACAUUCCAGGAUACCUUUUAUAUAAGGAUCCUCGAAACAUUCGCAAAUAAUUACCGACUUCAGAUCCAAUGCAGUAAUAUUCUCCAUUUUCUUCAACUUGGAAACUGAUCGGCUUAUCACCAUAAGUUCGGAUAGACAUUUUGGAAAAAUUAACUGUUACUUAAUAGAAAAAACAACAAACGUAAUUCAGUAAACAACACCAAGCCGACUCGACUCA